AUGGGUGAAAGAAGGAUCAACAAAUACUGGUUUUUUCGUACAAAUUUGAAGAUUAGAAAUACAAGGAAUUCAAUCAGUGAACUUGAAGAAAGUAGUGGAAAUGUUAUCUCUGAUCAAGGAAAAAUUGCAGAAAUUAUAGUUAAACACGUUGAAGAUAAAUUCAGUGCCAAGAAUGUUACUAUUAAUCACGGUUUGCUGAAUGUCAUUCCUACAGUUAUAACAGAUGAAGACCAAUUAAUGUUAGAUGCAAUUCCUGAUAGCAAUGAGAUUAAAAACACUAUUUUUGAUAUUGAUCCUGACAGCUCACCUGGUCCAGAUGGCUAUUCUGGGAUCUUCUACAGAAAUUGUUGGGACAUCAUAAAAGAUGAUCUAGUAGAUGCAAUUCAAUUUUGUUGGAGGAGGAAAUUUAUCACUAAAGGAAUGAACUCUAAUUUCUUAUUUCUACUACCAAAAGUUCAAGGAGCAAAAACAGUGGCUUACAUCAAAGGCAGGAAUAUCCAUGAGCAAGUUUUACUAGCAUCAGAUUUUCUGAAUGAGAUGAAAAAGAAAAGAAGACGAGGCCAUGUGGGACUCGAAUUAGACAUAUCACAGGCAUAUGACUCAGUAAGUUGGGAGUUUCUUAUUGCAGUAUUUAAAAAGUAUGGUUUCUCCCCUUCAUGGUGUGAUUGGUUAUUGGUCUUAUUUCAAUCUGCUAAAAUAUUUGUCUUAUUAAAUGAGGGUUCUUGUGGGUUCUUCUCAGUGACAAGAGGGUUGAGGCAAGGAGACCCAUUGUCUCCAAUCUUAUUAGUGCUAAUGGAGGAUUUUUUGAGCAGAAAUUUAACCCAUUUGGUGAACAAGAAAGCUAUCAAUCCAAUGGUAGUCACAAAAGGGAUAUAUCCAACACAUUUAUUCUUUGCAGAUGAUGUAUUCAUCUUUUGUAAUGGUUCCAAAAUAAGUCUAAACAAUCUCUUUCAAUUACUGGAUAAGUAUCAAGCUACUUCAGGUAAAGUUAUAAACAAGAUCAAAAUCAAAUGCUUUGUGGAUGGAGUUACUGAAGCCAGGAAAAGUCAAAUUGCAACAAUGGUGAACAUGGAAUUAUCAAAAUUUCCAGACAGAUAUUUAGGAGUACUACUUGCCCCUGGAAGAGUAACUACAUCAAUGGUUUGGCCUAUGGUGGAAAUGAUUCAAGACAAACUGGCUACAUGGAAAGGGAGAUUACUGUCUUUUCAUGACAGAUUGGUGUUGGUUAAAUCAGUUCUGUGUAGUAUACCCAUCUACAAUAUGGCAGUGUAUAAAUGGCCUGCUUCAAUCAUAAAAGUGUGUGAAAAAAUAAUAAGAAAUUUUUUAUGGUCAGGUGAUAGUGAGGUAAGGAAAUUUAAGACCAUAUCUUGGAAAAGAGUUUGCACACCUUAUAAAGAAGGAGGGCUUGGAAUUAGAAGAUUAGAGGUAAUCAAUAGAGUAUUGCUCAUGAAAAUGAUGUGGAAGAUUCUUAAUUCUAAAGAAGAAUGCGCACUGUUAUUCAAAUCAAAGUAUAAAGACAAGAAUGGACAGUUUACAUCUACAUGGAAAAUUUCAUCAGUAUGGCCAAGAUUAAAAUGGGUAUGGAAUGCUUUAAAGGAUGAUGUUAGAUGGUGUGUAGGAGAUGGAACAAAUAUUUCUAUGUGGUUUGAUACCUGGAUUGGGGAAACUUCAUUGAUUAAUCAGAUUGGUGAGAUACCUUUUGUCAAAGAGAAUAUAAACAUGAAAGUCAGUGAGCUGUUAAAUGUAACUUCUUGGGAAAUACCUGUGGAACUCCAACCUUACAUCAAUAAUGCAGAUUUACCUGAAGCUAGAGGUGGUGCAGACAUAAUGGUGUGGAGUGGAAGCUUACAUGGUGAAUUUUCUACAGCAGUUGCAGUGGAGAGAAUAAGACAGAAAGAACCUGAACUACAGUGGCCAACUCAAAUAUGGAAAACAUUUUUGCAUCCCAGUAUUGCAGCAGCUCAAGAUAACAUGGACCAUACCCUCUGGCAUUGUAAAUUCAGUGAAGAAAUUUGGGACUGGCUUUAUCAGGUAUUUAAAUUCCCUAAGCCUACAUCUUUCAGUGAUAUGUGCAAGCUAGCUAAAAAUUGUAGCCCUCUAGUAAAGCAAGUAUGGAUGACAGCAGUAUGUGUCACUAUGAGAGAGUUAUGGUUUCAAAAGAAUAAAAAACUGUUUGAGAACAUUGAACCUAAUAUCAAUAACUUUAAGAAUAGAAUUUUACAAUGUGUGAAUGAGGGUGGAAACAGAAUGAAUGGUACCAGAUGGGGGGCAACAAUAUGA